GGCAGCAGCGCGAGCUCUACGUCGGGUCGCGUUGUGUGUGACGUCACGCGCGUGAGCUUUGAAAAUAAGCGCGAGGAGGAACCGUCGCUGGAAUCGCGAGCUUUCGCAGGGUUUUUUUCCGGAUAAACAUACAAACAAAUCAACAAAACUCGCCGUGUUUCUGAUACACCUCAGCAUGGCGCUCCUGACUCCGUACAGUAAAGUCCCGGAGCUGAACACCGCGACUGUGCUCCUGGUUGAAAACGAGGAGGAGCUGCAGUCCAAACUAGCCAACGCCUUAGUGCGAAAUGAGAACGAUUUCAACGUCAAUGUGCGUUUGGCCAGAAAACUCCCUCUGCCCGUUGAGAACAAGGAAAGCCGUCCUCGCAUUGAUUUAAUAGUGUUUCUAGUGAAUCUGCUGUCAGAGCGCAGUCUGCAGUCAGUGGAAAGCUCUCUCGCCCAUCUGCACUCAGACUGCUUCCUGGGGAAAGUGUGUUUCUUGGUCACUGAUGCUCGCAGCGGCUUUCACACUCAGGAGCGUUUGGUCAGCGUAAGAAAACUGGCUGCUUCACAUCAGUGUCCCGUCCUCUGCGCCGAGCACAGGACGGCAGAUGGUGUGAAAGCAGCAGCCGUGCGGCUCCUGAACAUCUUGAAGGUGUCGGCGGGAAUGUCGCCCAUAGCAACCACCGCCCUCUAUCUGUCCUCUCUCACCCGCUGCUCGGUGACCUCUGACCUUGAAGAGGACUGACCUCCAAUAGGAUCAAUUAAGAACUACAUUAAGACUCAAAUUCAUUACUUUGAAUUUCCACACAGGAAACACAAGUUGCAGAUAAUCACACUGGACUGCAGAUUAGUUCACUGUUAUUUUCACAUCACUGUCCAUGAAAUUUACCUUGCCAUGGGACUUUAUUAAAUACUGUGUGUUUUCAUGGCUGCCCAGGGUUCAUAUUCAGCUCUUGUAAUGAAUUAACACAUCCAAAUCAGCAGGGGGAGCAAUUGGGUAGCGAAGGAAUCGAAGGAAUUCCUU